AUGAAAGAAAUAUUGAAAGACCUGUCUAAUGCUAUAGCCAAUGGAAGUGCACUCCAGGAUGAUCCGUGCAAGAACAUUGAAGAGAAAGAUGAUGCAGCAGAUGGUCCAAACAAAAGGGCGUGCCAAUACAUUGUUAAGGGCUUAAAACAUAUAUACGGCAUUGAGGGGAAUCCGCAAGGCACAGCUCAUCCCGAUCAUAAAAAAAAUGACAAAAUAUUUGAACAAACUAUGGCUUGUCUAAUACUAAAUGAAUACGGGAAACUUCUUGGGGAGAAAUCUUGUAUCGACGAAAAAACUAUAGUGCAGGCUUUUACUGCCGCUGCAAAGCUUCACACAACUGAGUGCAAGAGUGCGGAGAAUAAAUGUAAUCAAUGUAAUUGGGACAAAUGUACAAAUUUAAAAAGUGGAAAGGGUGACACCCAACGGCAAAAAAUAAAAGACGAACUCGAAAAGAAUGAAGACAUACAAAAAACUUUCACUACCAUACAUAAUUCAAGCAGUUUAUGUAAUCGCGUACAAUGUGUAUGGAAGAAGUGGUUUCCAAAUAGGGGAAUGCAAGAAACGAAUACGACGUACAUUGGUAUAUUUUGGGAUAAGGACGUCAACAAUCAACUGAAAAAUCUUUCUGGAGGCAUGCUCAAGCAGAAACCAGAUGUUGACAAGGAAUGUAAUAGCAUUCCAGGGUUAGAUAAUAGAAACAAAGAGGCUUGCAAGCUUAUUAUUGCAGGAUUAAAACAUAUUUAUGAAAUUGAAAGAGGUACACUGCAACCGGAGAAGAAGGACGAUGAAAAGGAGAAAAGGAAGAUAGACGAUAAUCUCAUAUUCCAUCGAACUGCGUCUUGUGUUUUAUUAAAUGUAUUCGCUGAUAGAAUGAUUGAUCAAACUAAGGGUCAGCUGUGUCCUAUCACAGAAGAAGAAAUUAAAAAAAUGUUUGAUAAUGGAAAUACACAAAGGGAUAAUUGGUGUAAGGGUAAGAAUGCUAAUGGUGGAAAGAUGGAAUGUGAAGUAUGUGAAAGGGUACCAAACAUAAGUUGUGAAAUAGGCAAUAAGAAGGAAUACAAUGUAAAAAACAAAAUGGAUGAAAUGUUCAGUGAUAAGGGGAAGAAUGUGGAAGCACAGAAUGUUCUAACUACUGUAAAUUCUAUAAAUAAUGCGUUAUGUAAUCGUGCAAACUGUGUAACAAUUAAUUGGUUUAAAGACCGGAAAAUUUCAGACAGGGACAAACAAGACUGGUGUACAUAUUGGGAUACGGACUUCAAGAAGAGACUGAUGGAACUAUCUAAAGAUAUGACCAAUAAUAGUAAAACUAUGGGGGAUGUGUGUAAGGGCAUUAAGGAGGGUAGUAGUACAAAUCCGCAAGCAGAAGAAAAGGCAUGCCAGUUCAUUGUUCGGGGGUUAGAACAUAUUUAUAAAAUUAACAAGUGUAAAGUAACAGAAAAAGAUCCAACGAAGAUAGAAAAGGAAGAAAAGAAGGCUGUUCAUAAUGUGCAGUUUGAGCAAGUUAUGAAGUGCAUUCUACUUAAUGAAUACGCAAAUAAAAUAACGCAAAAAUGUCCGGCGGUGCAGGAAGAUAAAAUAAGUGAAAUGUUUGAAAAAGGGAAUGCAAUGAUGGUUGAAUGGUGUAAGGAUAAGGGUCCGAAUGGUAAGAGUGAUUGUGUACCAUGUGAAAGGGAUAAAAACUAUAAAGAUUGCACACUAAACGUAGAUAAUGACCUAUGGAAUAAAAAACAAAUAAAUGGAAAAGUCUGUGAAGAGGACAAAGGUAAUCUAAUGAAAAAAGUGGAAGAACUGUUCCAGAAUAAUGAUGCCAAUAUAGAGAAAGCUAUGAAAGCAGCAACUGAUAUUUGUACAACACCACCAUCUCUUCAACCUCGUGCACGAUCUGAAGGGGACCAAGAACCAGCAUCCCCUCCGGAACCAGGACCACCGGAUGCAGCUGGACCCCAAUCUCCUGGUUCCUCCGGCCCUGGUGCUCAGCAACCUCAGGCACCUCAUUCUCCAGGUAAAAAUAAAAAAAAGAAGAAUUAA